CACAAGUCAGUACGCAGCUAGCUGUCAGUCGCUACGGAUCGUAUAUACCUAGAUCUCUGGGAUCCAGUAAAAUGUCCGCCAACAAAUGGGAAUCCGACGAGGAGAUCCAGUACUUCCGCGAGUAUCUGCGCAUUCCAAGUGUUCAUCCCGAUCCGGACUACAAACCAUGCGUCGAAUUUUUGAGGCGUCAGGCAAAGCAGAUGGAUCUGCCCCUUAAGAUAUUUUAUCCAUCGAACGAUAAGAAUCCCGUGGUGAUCUUGACAUGGAAAGGUCUCCAACCCGAGUUGCCCAGCAUCCUGCUGAACUCCCACAUGGACGUGGUUCCCGUGUUCCCAGAAAACUGGACCCACCCACCUUUUGGAGCAGAUAUCGACGAGGAGGGCCGCAUUUUCGCCCGGGGAACACAAGAUAUGAAAAGUGUGGGCAUGCAGCAUCUAGCAGCCAUAAGGCAGUUGAAAAAAAGUGGAGCCAAGUUCAAGCGAACUAUCCAAAUAUCUUUUGUAGCAGAUGAGGAAAUGGGUGGUCGCCAUGGAAUGCGACCCUUUGUGCCCACUGACGAUUUCCGUGCCCUUAAUGUGGGAUUUGCAAUGGACGAGGGUUUGGCAUCCCCCAAUGAAGCUUUCACCCUUUUCUACGCAGAGCGGGCUGUGUGGCGUGUGUAUUUCAACAUCAGUGGAACGGCGGGACAUGGAUCCCUCUUGCUGCCCAAUACUGCUGGGGAAAAGCUGAACUACAUAGUAGGAAAGAUGAUGGAGUUUCGUAAAACACAGGUGCAGAGACUUCAGAACAACCCUGAGUUGGUCAUUGGGGAUGUGACGACAAUUAAUUUGACCAAAGUCAGUGGCGGGGUUCAGAGCAAUGUGGUGCCUCCCUUGCUGAUGGUGUGUUUUGAUUGUCGAUUGGCUUUGGAUCUUGAUAUAGAGGAGUUUGAAGCCAAUCUUCAUAAAUGGUGUGACGAUGUGGGUGGUGGCAUCGAGAUAACUUACGAGCAAAAGCAACCCAAAGUUCCACCCACUGCCAUCGAUAAUAGUAAUCCUUUUUGGGUGGCUUUCAAAAAUGCAACGGAUGAAUUGAAACUAACCAUUAAUCCAGAAAUAUUCACCGGAGGAACUGACAGCAGGUAUAUCCGUGCUGUUGGCAUUCCAGCUUUGGGCUUCUCCCCCAUGAACAAGACACCCGUUCUCCUCCACGACCACGAUGAGUUCAUUCAGGCGGACAUCUACCUACAGGGUAUCCAGAUAUUCAAGAAUAUUAUAAGCAACGUAGCUAAUGUCUAGUUAAUCCCCGUUAUCUACUGCUUUUUUAUAUAGCGACGGCGAUGAGAUAAAAAUAAAAUUCCUAAAGAUAUGUCUUUAACAAACCUU